AUGGGGGCUGGUGAUGACUCGACGUUCUUCUUGUAUGGUGUCGGGGAACGGCCCGAGGCUCUGACCCUCGGGUCGUUGGUGCUGGAGAAGUACUGGCAGCCAAUGAAUGCGCGACACUAUACCCAUGAACUUUUAAGUGAAAAAGAACUACAAGAACACGCCUAUACAACGCAGGCGGAUAAUGUGGUCUUCCAUGGAGCUUCCCGAAUUUCGCCCUCCGUCAGCGUGGAGGGUGGAGACAUUGUCAAUCUUGGCCUCGCCUACAACAAGGAUCUUGAGCGAGUUGUAGUCGCCGCGAAGGGGACCCGAAUGAUCUUGAAAGACCCGGAAGCAUUCCUUGCGAACAGCGUCUUAGCCAGCCAGGAGGCGCAGAAAAAACUCAAACUGUGGCUGUCCGCAGCCCACAGCUCAUACGUGCUCAAUUUCAAAUUUGCGCGUCGCCCCAAAGUGUGGCUACUCACCGGCCUGUAUCUCCUCGAGAACACCCGCACGAUCGUCUCAAGAGGACAAUCUGCAGGCAUCUCGGCUGGCGUUUCAUCGGCAAUCAUUGGCGCUCUAGCCGGCGUCCCUGUCGGUGGGUCCGUCAGUCUGGGCGUAGGAUCCUCUUGGGAGAUGGCCAUGGAGAUCGCCGACCCACAUGUCUGGGCAGCCCAGUAUCGACUGCUUGAUGCCCGCUUUCUCAAGAUGGGCAAAGGUGGCGUGGACGGGGUGAAAUUACCGAUGACCAUGGGCCUGUACCGAGAUGUCAUGUCUGUAAACACCGCUCGAGGACCGGGGGAUAACACGGUUGAGGUCGGACUUGAGGAUGAAGAGGGUGAGGACACAAAGGCGACCUCCGCGGAUGACCAGGGGAGUGAAGAACUAGAAGAAUAUGAGAAGCGGCUGGAGCAGGCUAUCAAGAUUUUCGAGACAGCCCCGAAGCAUGUCCUUCAGUAG